AGUGAGUCCUCCUCCCCGCCCUCAUCAGUCUCUCCUCUAGUAAGAGGAGGGUAGACUGGAAACUGAUGAAGAUACACACAUAGGGCAUCACACAGCGAACUCAACUAACGUUACGGGACAUUGUGGACUUUUCUUUGCCAUUUUAAGUUAUAAGUUCCGGUCCGCAAGCAAUGAGGUCAUCAAACAGUCGCCCCUCCAGAGUGGGUGUGAACCCCUUCAUGCACGAGCUCAAAUUCACCUUGACAGAGAAGAUACAGAUUGGACUGAUGUCUGUCACAGUGUUUCCGGUGCGGCUGCUGCUGGUGUCCUUCUUCAUGCUGCUGGCAUGGCCCUUCGCCUUCACAGCCUCCCUGAGACGUUCUGAUUAUGUCGUUGAGCCACAGUCGUGGUGGAGGAGGUUUGCAGACCUGUGUCUGCGAGUGAUCAUGCGGGCCUUGUGGUUUUGCGGAGGUUUCCAUUGGAUCAAGGUGAAAGGGGAACGGGCGCCGUCCUCUGAAGUUCCCAUCCUCACCGCGGCACCGCACUCCUCCUACUUUGAUGCCAUCCCAGUCACCAUGAACAUGUGCUCCAUAGUCGCCAAACUGGAGAGCAGGAGCAUUCCCGUCUGGGGCACUCUGAUCAGCUACAUCAGGCCGGUGUUUGUGUUUCGGUCGGAUCAGGACUCCAGAAGGAAAACUGUGCAGGAGAUCAAGCGGAGAGCUCAGUCUGGAGGGGAGUGGCCUCAGAUCAUGAUUUUCCCAGAGGGGACGUGCACCAACAGGUCGGGGCUCAUCUUCUUCAAGGCUGGUGCUUUCAUACCAGGACUCCCAGUGCAGCCUGUGGUGCUACGCUACCCGAACAAACUGGAUACUGUUACAUGGACGUGGCAAGGUCCUGGAGCGUUCAAGAUCCUGUGGCUCACGCUGUGCCAGCCUCAUAAUCCCAUGGAGAUAGAGUACUUGCCUAUUUACACUCCAUCGAGCGACGAGAGGGGAAACCCAGGCUUGUUUGCCAACAAUGUCAGAAAGCUGAUGGCUAAGGCGCUGGAGCUGCCACUCACAGACCUGUCUUUUGAUGACCGUGAGAUCAGCCUAUCACACGGCCCGCUGAGCAUACACGACUACAGCAGCCUGCUCGAGUUCCACCAGCUGGUGUGCCGCUUGGGGCUGAGAGCAGGACGGACAGACGCAGUGCUGGAGGAGCAGGCCAGAAGAGCCAGAAAGCUGCAGGGAGACGCUCUGAGUCUGGAAGACUUCGCCCAGUUCCUCAACCUGCCAGUGACGGACACACUCGCACAAGUCCACAGCCUCUUCCACCAGCGUGAUGGAGAGAUAGACACCAGACACUUUGUUAUCGCUCUGUCUACCGUUCAUCGGCCAUUAAAGUCAAUGGAGACCCUCAAAUUGUCCUUUAAGAUGUACGAGAGCGAGGAGAACGGGGACGUCCUGAAGGAGGAGCUCGCCGCCAUCUUGGAAAUAAUGUUGGGAGUGAAAGAGGUGGAACUUUCAGGUCUGGUUUUAGCACUGGGUGGAAGUGAAACAGCAAAGAUCACAUAUGAUGAACUUAAUCACUUUAUAGAGCAGCAGCCAAACUUCGUCCACGAUUACCUCCAGUUUGAAAACCAUCCGCGCAAACUCUGCGUCGACAGACCGAAGAGCUACAACGGCCGGAGCCACAACAAAGAUGACUGAAGGAGGGACUAUAAUGCAAAACCCUUUAUUGACCUUUGUCUCUCUGACGUAGCAGCGUCUCCCAGCGCCGCAGCUCUCCUGCCACCUCUGUGCCUUUCAGUGCAGGUAGAGAAAGAGGGAACGAAUGAGGCUGGAUCAGAUCUCUUCUCAACUUCUCCUGACUUUGUGUUUUUGUUUUCGUUGUGAUGUAAAGAAACACUUUUUGUUUUGUUUAUUUAUUCUUUUAAUUUAUUUUUUAUUAUCUAUCACAUUCAGAUAUUUAAGAAAUGAGUUGAUAAAAGGAGGAGGGUUUCUUUUAGCUUUCUUUUUCUUGAUCUCAGGCAAAUGGACAGGAGCACACUGCCCUAUCUGUCCUGCUGCUGCUCUUCAUAUACAAAGUGUACAUAGAAGCCUCAUAUCAGGUGAAAGGGACCAGGAUAUACAUCGUGCAUCUAUUUAUCAAAUACUAUAAGAAUCUGCCACGUAAUGCAGAGCAAUACUUCCUAACUGCCACUGCCAAACAUUUACAACCCAAUCAAAUUAUUCAGCUUUGAUUUAUUUAUGACCUAUGUUCCAAAAAACUGUUUUGUUCUCCACCUUCAAGGAAAAUAAUAUUUUAAAAAAUCUAGUUUUUUUUUUAAGAAAAACAGAGAAUUUCUUUGUAUUUUUGGAACAGCACAUUCUCUGAUGGAUAUAUAUUUCACCUCCAUUUUCCUGAGACGUUGCAUUUUUGCACUGGUUUAAGUGACGACGGGCUCAUUUUGUACCUUUAUGGCUGAAAUGUUCAUGUAAAGUGUAAUUUGUCAACAAGAGUCUCAUAUGCAAACAUCAAAGCUCUUUGCUUUUUUAUUUUACAAGUAAAAUAAAAACUGUUGUCACCUACUGUCUUCCUCCACUAGGUGGAGCUCUGCUUUCACACAUUCACUCAAAGAUGCGUUAUAUGCAUUUAUAUGAAUCAUGUUAGUGGUUCUGAAAUGUCUUAAAGCCCUCGUUGAUAUUUUAUUAUUUACAGCUUUAUCUGCUCAGCUGUAGAUUCUAUGUUCAAGUUGUUUGUGUUUCCCUUUCAUGACUUUUGGUGAUGAUCCAGUAAAUGUCUUCAGACUUUA